GUUAGGCACCUGAAAUCGCGCGUUUCGCGGCUUCGCAUAACCUAGAAUUCCGGGAGGAAUCGAAGAUGCGCCGCGGCGACAUAACCGUUCCAAACAAUGACAACUGACAAUAAUACGAAGGUAAACAAUAAAAGUCACGGAUGAAACCGACACUCUUCACCAGCGUUAUUCGUCCCAGUACGCAAAUGGUUAUAAACAAACCCCUGAGUCUGACUGCAUUAACCAUGGCAAAAAGUAAGUACGAGUACGUCAAGGAUUUUGAGGUCGAAGAUAAGUGCCUGCCGAACUGUUGGAUCGUCGUCCGUAUCGAUGGUAGAGGUUUCUCAAAGUUUGCUGAUGCCCAUCAAUUCGUCAAACCAAACGACAUAGCUGCCUUGGAGUUAAUGAACCGGGCUGCUGUUGCCGUGAUGGAGGAUUUUAGAGAAAUCGUCCUUUCCUAUGGUCAAAGUGAUGAAUACUCAUUUGUAUUCAGGAAAGACACGCAGCUCUUCAAGCGUCGAGGUUCAAAGCUGAUGUCCAACGUCAAUUCUCUAUUCACCUCUGCUUAUGUCUAUCAUUGGCCAAGGUUCUUUCGUGGCAGAGAACUUCACUACCCACCUUCUUUCGAUGCCCGAGUCGUGCUUUACCCGACCGAUAAGAAUCUGAGAGACUAUCUCGCCUGGCGCCAAGCCGAUGUGCAUGUGAACAAUUUGUACAACACAUGUUUUUGGAAUCUCGUGCUCAAGAAGAAAAUGACUCCUACCCAAGCAGAGGAGAAGUUGAGAGGAACACUUGCUGCGCACAAGAAUGAAUUAUUAUUUCAAGAAUUUGGGAUAAAUUACAACAACGAGCCACCCACAUUCAGAAAGGGAACGACUCUAGUGCGUAAACUUGUGCCUGAUGGAAACGGUAGACUGAAACCUCUAGUUGUGGCUUUGGUGGACGAUAUAAUAGGUGAUAGAUUCUGGAAAGAGAAUCCCGAGGUGAUAGGACUCAAGAGCUUGGCAACUUUCCAGCCAUCCAGCGUUCCAAGCAGCGCCCCUCUUCCUUCUCCAGUGGGGCUUGUAGUGCAUCCAGGCCACGUUGCGCACCGUCAAAUGAAUAACAAGUCGCCAGCUGUAACCGGACGUCCGAAUGCUCUAAAUGCCCUCAAUGCGUUGAACGCAACUGCUGAGGACGGUAAUGUAGAGAGAAUUCAGGAUAUGGAUAAACAUAAAAUGCAGUGCGACCAACCCGAGAGUGACAGGAGUCGUUCUAAGUAAUAACUUAUUUAAUUCGCCCCAGCGAAGACGGAUUUCCCGUCCAUUUCCGUUUGCCGUUAUUUUUCGCGGGUUUUUUUUCGCACGGCAGCAUCAGAGUAAUUUUCGGUGAGACAGAAUUUAUACGAUAACAAUUGGCUGGAGACGCAUGGUGACAAAAAAUGCCAAAUCGGAAACGCGUUCCUACGCGGGGUAUUAUGUAAAGAACGAUGAUUAUGCGAGAGAUUAUAUGAGAUAUUUUCCAGCAGCCUUGAUUAUGAAUGCGAAAGAUAGAAAUAAAGUGAACUUGAAAAUAA